UGAGAGAAAACUCUGAAUCAGAGGAUUUAUUAAACGGAGAAGAAAAACAGCGUCUGGUGAAAGAAUGCCCAGUCGGACAAAAGAAAAGUAGAGAUGGAGGGAGGACACGAAGAGUGAAAGCACGGAGCCCAGUGAGGGGGUGAACAAGCUGAGUGCCAACUGGAUAUGGAGGAUUCUGGCAAAGUCCAACGUCUGAGGUGUUUCUAAGGAAACAACAGCGCAACUAAGUUCACAGUGCAGAGGCUGACGUUACUGGAAGCUCGCUGCUGCUUUGAGAAGAAGAAACUACAAUCAGUGCAAAAACAGAUAAGAAGAAACAAACGAGCAUCAGAGAAGUUUUCCUUGAGACUGACACCAUCAGCUCCUGCUUAGUGGGCGCAUGCUAACCAAUGGAGGAUCACAUGACCUCAUCGGACACGACGGGUACCGGAAGUAGUGUUGUAACCAUGGUAGCAGACUCGAUAGGAACUGAGCUGGAGCAGAGUGCAAGUUCAACCCUCCAAUGUGACGGUUACCUGAGGAACAGGGAGUUAGAGAGGUCAGAGAGGAGUCUGCUGCUACAACUCUAUCAGCUAGCUUCUGCCUCCCAGCUCCCCAGCAUGCAACACUCCCAGAGACUGGACCAGAGACUCCACAUGCUCAGGGAAGAGGUCAGGACGAUGAGUCGGGACAAGGAACGUGGGGAGCGGGUUUGGAGGGACCGACUGCAGCGCUGUCAGAGGCAGCUGAAGGCCAAAGAGGAGGAGAUGAGUCUCCAGUCCCAGUACUUCCAAAACUUUAAAACCCAACUCCAUCACAAGCUCAGCCUGGCCCGGGACAGAGAGCAGAGCCUACAGAACCGGAUCUACACUUUAGAGAAGCAGCUACUGGACAUGACGGUGAGUGCCGCCACCGGCAUGACAACGAUCUGCGCAGCCAGAAUUACCGUUGGGACGGUAACACACUGGGACGAAAAAGAGAGGCUGCCUCCCAUGAGAGGAGAGGGUGAAGGAGAGGAGGCGAUAAAGGAGGAGAGGAGGAGGCAAUGGCAGCCAAGUGUGGGAAAUGAGAGAGAAGGUGAGAAAGAGAUACAAGGGGGAAGAGUCAAAGACACCAAACAGAACUCAAAUGAAGCCAGACUGCAAGGUUUCAUCCUGAGCCUGCAGGAGGAUCUCAGGGUGCUGCUGGAGAGAGAGGAACAUGGGAUGACAGAGAGGAGGAGACUGAUGGAGCAGCUCCAGACGGCCCAGGAGAACAGCCACUUUCUGGGAUGCAAGGUGGAGGAGAUGAAGGCAGAGGUGCACCAGCUGAAGCUGUCUGAAAACUCCUUGAUGGAGGAAGUUGAAGAGCUGAAAGAGGAGAACCGGCAGAGUCUUUCAGAUCCAGCUAACCAAGCAGCCAGUCAGUCAUCCACAGGCCCUCAGUCCACAUGCCCGAGUCCUGGGUCCAACACCCUCUCAUGUACCACUGCCAUGGGAAAUUCCUCUAUAGGGAGUUUUGGAGAGGUACGUCUAAUGUCGGAGGAGGGAACAGGCCAGGCUCAAUCAUCUGCAGUUCCACCUGUUCAGCACCUGGUGGCAGCAGAGAGCAUGCAGAACAACACUGAGGAUCACUCCUCGUCUGCCAAAUCUGAAACUCCACCUAAAAUUUUUCAAAAAACCAACCACAGCCUCCAGUCCCUCUCCUUGGCUAAAGAGACAAUGGAUGAGUUUAAACGGGGGACCUGGUGCUCCAGAAGGAUCGCAAACCUGGAGGAAAGCCCCAGCGAGGAAUCUGAUGCCCUGCUGGAAGCCUACAGGAGCUUGGAGUUAGGGGAGGAUCUCCAAGCAUUUCAAAAACAACGUGACCACCUGGAGGAGGAGCACACACAGGAGCAACUGCAGAUAAUGCCUCAAGAGAAUAAUCGACUGAAAGUACAACUCAGGAAAGAUGCAGAGGAACAAGAAGCAGAGGCCGGGCAGGGGUCUUCAAGACAAAAGGUUAGCGCACUACCCACCAGUGAUGGAGGUGAAGAUAACACCAUUCUCGCUCUCGCCCAGGAUGAUCUUGUACACGCCCUGAAUCGGGAGAACCGGGCCUUAGCGGACCGGAUCCAAGAGCUUCUGGCUCACAUCGAGCUAAGAGAAGAUGAGAUCAAGAGCGAGCAAACGCUGCUAAAGAAGCAUAUGUCCAAGCUAAACAUGGACUUAGUCAGUCUGAAGCAGGAGAACCAGGAACAUGAGUGUUUGAUUACAGAACUCACCAAGAAGACUGAGGAUGAUCUCAACACCAUCAUGGACCUGCAGCAACGGUUAGUGGAGAGCGAACAGCGUAUGGAGGGAUCACAGGUUGGCAAGGACCUGCAAAGUGAAUUUACAGCGGCAAUAUCAAAUCUUCAACAGAACAACCUAGAAGAAUGUGUGGACACUUUGGUAGGAAAGCGUGCUAAAAGGGGAAGAACCACAGUUUGUGUCCAGUCAACAACCAGAUGAUUUGACUGCAGUUUCAGCACCUGGUUUGCGACAUAAUA